AUGGCGAUUAAUAAAGAUAAUGAGAUGGAAGAAAAUUCAGAAGCAACUACUGAUGAAAUAACACCCGUUGUUUCUCGGGCUCAAUCAAAUUAUAGUACACAACGAACGAAAUUAUUAAUUGCACCAACAAAAUAUGGAGAAAACCGACCGCAAUAUCUAUGGAGGUUAUUACGAUGUUCGAUUCGUCGAACAAUUGAAGCUGUUUCACGUGCUGAUGAUACCGAUAUUGAACGAUCACAUGGUCUUCAUUUUGUACGAAAUAUCAAUCAUGAUAUUCAAGUUAAAUGUAUUUCAUUUAAUAUUAAACAAAAGGAAAUCGUCAGUAUUGAUCAUAAAAAAAUCGCUCGUAUAUAUCAUUCUGAUGGUCGAGCAUAUAAAAAAUUGAAACUUGAUAUAGAAUUUGAUCAAUUAUUUUAUUGUAUAAAUGAAGAUGAGUUUAUUGCUUGGUCACGUUGGUCAAGAGAGAUUCAUGUACUUAGUUCUGAUCUUGAAAUUUUAUCAACAUCAACUUGUGAUUAUAAUAUUGGUGAUUUAAAUUAUAAUGAAAUGACAUCAGAUGUAUUUACUUGUGGAAGAGGUGUUACUGUUUGGCAAUUUCGUUAUAAUCGAAAACAUCUAUUACCUAAAUUUGAAUGUCGAGAAGGUUAUACAGAUGAUAUAGAGUUUAAUAUAAUGGCUGCUCAACAGUCAAAUAGUUCUGUUCAACGAUUAUUUGUUACAUCGGGUUAUGAUGUUUUGGCUUUCAAUGUAGCUGAUGAAGGAAAAGUUUUUUCAACCAAACAAGAUUUACAUGUUCGACCGAUUGUAGCAAUGCUUUUUAUUGAACUACGUGAUGUUCUGGUUACAGCUGGUCGUGAUGGAUCAAUUAAAGUUUGGGAUAAUCGUUGGUUUAUUUUAUAUGCCUAUGUGGGUCAUCAAGAUCGAGUAUUAUGUUUAAGUAAGCAUCCAUUUGGACCUUAUGUUAUUUCGAGUAGUCAAGAUCGAACUAUUCGUGUAUGGAGUCUCGAAUAUGGUGAUGUUGUUGAUGUUAUUAAAGUGUCUGAACCAAUAUCUCACAUGAACGUAACGCGAAAUUAUGAAAAGUUUAUUGUUAUAUCAACUAAAUGUUUACAGUUAUGGUGUAUUAAACAUUAUUGUGAUUUUUUAAGUUUUAUUGGAUCACCUAUUGUAAAAAUAACAUGUACAACACAUCCUGAUUAUCCAACACGAUCGACUCUUCUAUGUAAAGAUUCAACUGUACGAAUAGUUGCUUCUGCUACUGGUAAUAUAUUAACAAGUCUUGUUUGUGAUUUAAAUUUUAAACCUACAUCAUGUGCUUAUGCAAUUGGUGAAAACAUACUUUUUGCUAGUAAUGGUAAUACACUUAUUAAAGCAGAUACAUCAUCAAAUCCUUGUAAAGUUGUUCAACAAUUUGAUACAACAGAAUUUUCAAUUAGUUGUUUAUUAAUCUAUGAAUAUGUUGCAAAGAGUAAUAUGGAAGAAACACCAAUGCUUAAAGCAUUAGUCACAAAACCAAGUAGUGAAUUAAUACAUAUUGCAUUAAAAGGUUUUAGUCGAACUUUAUUAAUUGCUGGAGUAACUAAUGGUUGUGUUGCUGUUUUAAAAUGGCAUACAGGAGAAAUUGACUUUUCUUUGGAUAUGCAUUCUGCUCGUCCAGUUGUUGAUAUUAUUGCUCAUUCAAGUGCUGAUCAGAUUAUAUCAUGUGGUGCUGAUUUAAUUAUUCGAAUUUGGCGUGUGUUUCCUUAUGCUGUUGAAUCGCUUUCCGUUGUUCGCUCAAUAUUUUGUGGUUUAGCACCAGUUCAUUUAACUAUAGUAAAAAAUUCACUUGCUGUUGCCUUUCGAGAAGAAUCAACAUUGACACAUUCAUUAAUGGUGUAUAAUUUAGAAAAUAAUGAACGAUUUGAUCAUUUACCAGAGAAUGAUCAUUGUGAUAAAAUAUCAGCGAUAUCUGGUUGUUCGAAAUUAAAAUUAAUUGCUACUGGUAGUCUUGAUGGUACAUUAAGAAUAUGGAAUAGUAGAAAUCAAUUAAUCAGAAUGAUUGUUAUUCAUGAUAAUAUUCAUUCGUUACAUUUUUCAAAUGAUUCGGGAGAUUUAAUUCUUGGUAUAGGUGAUCAUCUAUAUAAAAUGUUACAUUCGUCAUAUUUACCAAAAGCUAUUAUAUUUAAAACAAUAUCCAUGGAAUUUAAACCAGCAAUACCAGAAAUAAAAGAAAGUGAAGAAACUGAUAAUACACAAUUAACUCGUAUGUCAUCAGCGGAUCUUAUCCGGUUAAAACGAGCUCAUAAGGCUGAAAAACUACCAUUGAACAUUAUUCCUGAAAAUAUUGAUGUGUCAGCUUUUCAUGAAAAAUCAGUUGAACAAAUGAAAUUAAAAACUCAAGAAUUAGAAAAGUUAGAAAAACGUGAUUUAGAAAUUGCACAAAUUGCCGAAGGAAAAAUUCAUCGAACUAAAAAAUAUAAAAUAUCAUCAAAAGUUCGAAAAGAAGCAUUUAAUGAAUAUAUGAAAAUUUAUUUAAAAGAACCUAAAAAAGGCUUAUUGGAUGAUGAUAUGUAUAAAUUAACAGAUCAAGAAUUAUUUGGUCCACCAAUAAUAAAAUCGGAUCCGUAUGUGAUUCAAACAGAUGAUGAUGGAUUUUUUCCGUCAGUAAAAGAAGCAGAUCAAGAUCCUUUAUCAAAAUUGUAUGAAGAACGUCAACAAAAAUUAUUUGAGCUUCAAGAACACUAUCGUAGUCAACCACCAUUUCCUAAUGAUGAUAUUCGUAUUAUCAAACAACAACAAGAUAAAUAUGAACUUAAAAAAUUACUUAAUAGUAAUGUUGAAAAAAUAACCUUGCCUAGUGAUCGUCCUCAUUAUGGAUCUGGUGCGAUUGUUCCUAAUUCUGUAUUAGCUAAAUUACUUUGGCCUAAUCGACAACCGAAGAAACAAGAACGAGAAGAAUGGAUACCACCUGUUUUAUCUGAAGAACAAUUACAAGCGUUAGAAAAAAAUGCACCAGUUGAUGAAGAAGCUGAAUGGAAAGAAUUAAUAGAAGCAACGAUGAAAAAGAAACUGGCUACUGGUGAAGAAGAUAUGGAUGAUCGUUUAGAAAAACAGAAAAAGAAAACUCAAAGUGAUUUUAUGAAACAAUUAACUGACCUUGCACAACAAGCUGUUGAACUACCACCACCAGCAGAACCUGCUGCAGAUGAAACCAAACAACCAGUGAAUGCUCAAUUUUUUAACUUUUAUUUUAUUAUUAUUUUAACUGUUUAUUCAAAGGAACCUGGAGCACCUCCAAGCUCAUCACACACAGCUAAUCGAUUAUCUCGACAAACUCCAUUACGACGUCCACCAACAGUUGUAAAACCUACUGCACCAUCAAAACCAGCUCGAAUACCUAUCAAACCAUUAGUACCAGUUGUUACUGAAUCAACACAAACAGUUGAAGCACGUGUUAAAACUCCACGUCAAUUUUCAUCAUCAUUUGUACGUUUUAUUGAUAAACUUAAAGAGUUAAAUUGGUUUGAAGAACAAUAUCCAUUAGUCAAAGUUGAUAUUUUUCUUGAAAAUUGUGAUGAAAAUAUAUUUCCAUCUGAUGUAUUACAACGUCUAGAUUUUAUUUCCAACAUUGAAAAUCGAAUUAUAGUUUUGCAUGAAAUUGAAAAUUUCUAUCGUACAAAUUCAAUAAAUGAUCAAACACGUGAUACAUUAAUUGACAGAAUUCUAUUUCAUUUAACUAAAUUUAAUCCACCUAAUUAUGAAAUACAUGAUAUUGAAUUUAUUUCGACUCAUCUUCGUUUAUUAGCUCAUUUGAAUAAAAUGACUAUGGAUGUUGUUGCUGAAUUUAUUUAUUGGUAUUUAGAGGGUGGUGAUCAGAUUCGAGCAUUGGUUAAAACUUUGUUUCAACAAUGUGGUUUAGAUGAUCCAUUUGGACAUUUUUACAAUGAAAUGGAUUCAUGGAAAUUAUGGGAACUUGAUCCAAAUCAACCAAGACGUGCAGGAAUAAAAACACUUGCUUUUGAAUGGCUUCGACAAUGGACACGAGCAUUUCGUACACAUAUUGAAGAAAUGCAUGUUCGUUUGAAGAAUGGUGAUAUACAUAUACAAAUAAGUAAUGCAACAUCAAGAGCCUUAACUGGUGAUACAUCAUUAUCAACAAGAUCAUCAGUUAAUGGUAAAAAUUUAACAGUAACAUUGGAUGCAUUACCACGUGUAAUUACAAGCAAUAUAUCAUCAAUUGAAGUAAUUAAUUAUUUUGUUGAAAUAACUCAAGAUCAAAUAAAUGAACGUAAACAACCAAGAGAAAAACCUGAUAAUAAUACAAUUCUUGUUUUACCAAAAAUUAAUAAACCAACAGCACUUGUACGAUUGGGUGAAUCACAUACUGAUUUUCAUCGACCAAUUAAACGAAAUCCAAUUUAUCUUCCAUACGAACAUCGAUUUGAACCAGGUGAACUUAGUAUGGGACGAUGUGUUAAUUAUCCAGUGAGAAAACUUUUUCUCGAUCCAUUUCGUCGUCAAAUUUUUACAGAAGAUAUUGAAUAUGAAGAUAGUGAACCAUAUUUACUUACUCUUAAACUUGCACCAAAAUAUUUUCUACCAAUUCUUUCACAAGUGACCAAAACUUAA